AUUUCCACACAUGAACCUUUAAAUUCCAGCUUCUAAGUUCAAACACUUCAGAAACGCUUCAGGAUCAACAUCAAGCAUGCCUGCAAACUACACUGGAACCUGGGACAUGGUGGACAAUCAAAACUUUGAAGCUUACAUGCUGGCUCUUGGAAUUGAUUUCGCCACUCGAAAGGUGGCGAGGAUGCUAAAGCCACAAAAAGUUUUUGAGCAAGACGGAGACUCUUUCGUCAUUAAAACUUUUACAACUUUACGAAACUACUCCUGUUCAUUUAAAAUCGGUGAAAAAUUCGAGGAAAUCACCAAAGGACUGGACAACAGAAAAUGCCAGACAAUAGUCAACUGGGACAACGACAAACUCGUGUGUGUGCAGAAAGGAGAAAAGAAGAACAGAGGAUGGACUCACUGGAUGGAGGGAGACACUCUUUACCUUGAACUUAGAUGUGAGGAUCAGAUCUGCAAGCAAACCUACAAAAGAACUGCUUGAACAAUUGUGCUUAACUGAAAUUCUAGCCUGUUUAUUGAAGAAUAACAACAUAUUUCAGCAUUAAACAGUUCUCAAUCAAGCAAACAUAACAUUAUAAAACUGGGGAAAGCUUAUCAAAGUAGGCCUACAUUCAAUAGGAAAGCAAGUGUGUCUUCAAAAUGUGUGUUGUGGGGAGUCAAAAAUCUGUCACUUUUCUUAUUUGUGGCAACAACUGUCUCAAUUAAAUAAAAAUUGUUUCAAUAAAAAAUACCACAGAAAAUGGA